GGUCAGUCGGAGUGAAGCAAUGAACCAGCCUCCAUCUCAGGUUACAACUUGGAUGUGAUUUCUCCCACUACCUCCUCCUUUCUUCAUCUCCCCCGCUCUCCUUCGACUUUCCAACGCAACUUCUGCUGAAAUGGUAUUGACCUUCCUUGCUGUCAUUAGUGUGCCUCUUUUUUUCAGGCUUGGCUUUAGUUUUUCAAACUAAAUCCUUUUUUUUGUUGGAUUUUUGGGUGAAUCCUGAUUUCUUAUUUCUUACUUCUGUGGAGAGUGGCUGGUUUCCUCCGACGGGCAGGAGUGAGGGUUUGGUGGCGUCCCCCCACCACCUCCAUGGAUCACUCCCUCUUUGGUUGUUUACGCAGCCCUACAUCAGCUCAGGAUUUACUUCCUGCCAUGACCCCUUUGCCUCUACACAGUCACAGUAACCUCUCAGCUCGCUGCGGCUUCCAAGAAGUAGGAGACGAUGACGUGCUUCAUGAUGCAGCUCAUCAGGUCCACAUUCCCCAGCAGUCCUCCUCGUGGCUCAUCUCUCAGCAGAUUCCCGCCCCUAGCGCUCGCAACGGCAUCAGUUUGCCGCCACUUGAGAAUAUCGCUUCAGAACAGUGCUCCGGGGAUCGAAAUAUGUGCGGUGCCGAACCCGGUGGGGAACUUUCCGGAACAUCCUGUGAGGAGUACAGUCAGAAGAGUCUGUCAUCGGAUGAAACUGAUGCUAUGACUCCCAAAGAGUCCCAAGACGGGGGCAAUAAGUCAGACAUGAUCAACAAGCCCAGAAAGGAACGCACGGCCUUCACAAAAGAACAGAUUCGGGAACUGGAGUCCGAGUUUGCACACCACAACUAUUUGACCAGACUGAGACGCUAUGAAAUAGCGGUCAACCUGGACCUGACUGAACGACAAGUGAAGGUCUGGUUCCAGAACAGGAGGAUGAAGUGGAAGCGCGUUAAGUGUGGCCAACAGGGGGCAGAAGCACUCGAACGAGAACUGAAAAACGUCAAAAAGGGGACAUUGUUGCCGUCAGAGAUUUUGGGUAUUGAGGGACUACAACGUUCGGCGAGCUCACCCGGAACAGUGACUGAUGAUGAGAGCCCAGACAGCGACCUGAGUUCAGAACAUCCUUACCUAUGACGUUUGAUUUCAUCCUAAAAAAAAGUGUUGCUUGAUGGUGUCGAAUAUAGAACGGACUGUGCACAUGAUUGCUUUUCUUUUUACAAUUCAAGGUGGCACAUUUAAAUUGACUGAUUACAUAAUUUUGAGCUAUUUGGGGACAUGCUGACAAAGUUUCAUGAAUUUUGUACCCUAAUUACUGGAGGACGACUAUGUAAAUGUGAUGGUUCGGUUUGGGACCAACAGGUGGCACUGUUGGGCUCCCCCUGCAGCUGCACACCUGUUGGUCGUUAGGUAAUUAGUUGUAUAAAAGGACUCCCAGCCUGCCCACUCUCUGUCAGUUCAUUGUUGCUUGUUUGUCCUGUCAUGUCAUGUUUGUUUCUAUCGUGGUUCUGUUCUAGUUUUUUGAGCUUCAGUCAUGGUUUUGUUUGAUACUUUGGAUUUGUUUUGUUGUUAGGACCUAGUUUAGGAUUUAGUUUUCUCUGUGUUUUAAUACAAUUCUUCAAGUUCACUCUGCUCCUCCCUCCUGCUUGCUUUUUUGGGGUCCACCACCACCACGCGAUUGUGACUAUAUAUAUAUAUAUAUAUAUAUAUAUAUAUAUACUAUAGAUAUAUA